AACGACCAUAGAGACAGAAUUAGGUCCCAUGAUAGCAACGACCAUAGAGAUAUAAUUAGGCCCCAUGACAGCAACGACCAUAGAGAUAGAAUUAGGCCCCAUGGCAGCAACGACCAUAGAGACAGAAUUAGGCCAAAUGACAGCAACGACCAUAGAGACAGAAUUAGGCCCCAUGACAGCAACGACCAUAGAGACAGAAUUAGGCCCCAUGACAGCAACGACCAUAGAGAUAGAAUUAGGCCCCAUGACAGCAACGACCAUAGAGACAGAAUAAGGCCCCAUGACAGCAAUGUCCAUAGAGACAGAAUUAGGCCCCAUGACAGCAACGACCAUAGAGAUAGAAUUAGGCCCCAUGACAGCAACGACCAUAGAGACAGAAUAAGGCCCCAUGACAGCAAUGUCGAUAGAGACAGAAUUAGGUCCCAUGACAGCAACGACAAUAGAUACAGAAUUAGGUCCCAUGACAGCAACGACAAUAGAUACAGAAUUAGGUCCCAUGACAGCAACGACAAUAGGGACAGAAUUAGGUCCCAUGACAGCAACGACUAUAGAGAAAUAAUUAUGCACCAUGACAGCAAUAGAGAAAGAAUUAAGCUCUUUCAGUUAAUAAAUAUUCAGUCGACAAUAUCCCUUUAA